UCUGCUUUACAUUGAGAGCUCAGGAGGGGCGUUUCAUUUUUCCUGCAUCUGGGGAGCCUGCAAGGCUAUGCCCUUUGACCUUUGACAUCUGUGCAGCCCGAUUAAAAGAAGAUCUUUCCGACCUCCCUACACCCGCUCCACCGAAAAUUGGGCCCGUGGUUGUCCACCGCCUGACAUCUGCAAGCUGCAUGCCCAUGAGUGCUCACUUGGAAUUUGCAAUCAGCGAUAGCAGCAAUGACUUCAAAAUGGAGAACUAAUGAAUCUUGGUAUUCUCACCCAGUAUAUGCAAGAUAUUGGCAACAUUAUCAUCACGCAAUGGUUUGGAUGCGAACCCACCAGAAUGUCUACAGGAAGUCCAGGAAUUCCUGUCUCGCUUCCCCAUGGUUCUACCCUCAAGGAGUUCUUCCCUGGAACUCUGUUGAUUAUGAGGCUGGGCAUCCUUGGAACUAUCAAGGCCAACACGUGGUCUGGCAGGAGCCUCCCUACAGUGUUUCCCAUCUCCAAAGCUCUGGGCAGCCUCUAUAUGAUAGCAGUAGAAUCCAGGCCACCACAAGAGAAGAUGAAGCCUCAUAUGAAGAGGAAGCGAUGGAGUUGGAUUCAGAUAAUGAAAUAGAAUGUGACCUGAGCAAUAUGGAAAUCACGGAGGAGCUCCGCCAGUACUUUGCAGAGACUGAGAGGCACAGAGAAGAGCGGCAGCGACAGCAGCAACUAGAAGCCGAGCGCCUGGACGACUAUGUAAAUGCCGACCAUGGGCUGUACUACAACCACCACCGGUCCACAGAGCCUCCCUCAGAGAAGCCUGGGGAGCGGCGUCAAGCCGAGAUGAAGCGCUUGUAUGGGGACAGUGCUCCCAAGAUCCUGGCCAUGGAGGCUGCUGUGCAGAUGAGCUUUGACAAGUACUGUGACAAAAAGCAGCCAAAAUACUGGCCUGUCAUUCCUCUGAAGUUCUGAGUCGUGGGCACAGGGACCUUGGGGAAAGCCUCCUGAACACAGUUCCUCACCUCCCUCCUCUGGAUAUGUUCUCUUCAUUUCUCCUGGACAUUUUUCAGAG